UAACCCAAGCAUUUUUCCAGAAACCAUUGAAAACCCCGUAAUUUACAAGAUUCAUCCCCAACCUCAACACUCGUAUAAAAAUUUCAUCUAUCUCGUCAACAAAACCCAUAAAUCAUCUCAGAAAAGGGGAAGAGAGAGAAAACCCAACAACCAAAAAACAUGUACUCUCCAUGUUCAGCAGAGGUCUCUCAAGCAUGUCAUGGUUGUUGCCUCAAUCCUUUCACCACCUUAACAUAUGCUCCGAACCCUAAUAGAAGCACCCCAUGCCGUGAAUUCCUUAUAAAAACCACUUCCUCUCUCUUCCCAAACACCCAUUUCACCAACCAUGAGUCCCUCCCCUCUCUAUCAGACUGUUUUCAUAACUUCUCUCUAACUUAUCCCCAGUACCUUGAAACUAAUACAACAGACCAGAUAAGAGCCCAAGAAUACAGCCACCUUUCUCUCUCUAACCAUGUGUGCUUUGAUUACAUUGGUUUUGGUCUCUUCUCUCAUUCACAGCAACCAGGCAUGCUUGCUUCUUCUUCUUCUUCGGCCCCUGCGAGUUACGCUUCUCCAUUCUUCAAUAUCUCCUAUAAAUCUGCAAGCCCAACAAUCCAAUUUCCAGAGGAAAAAGUCCGAAAUGGUGACUUGGAAUCAUCGAUUAGAGAGAGAAUUAUGAAGUUUCUGCAUAUUUCAGAGAGUGAUUACAUUAUGGUCUUCACUGUUAAUAGAGCUUCAGCCUUCAGCCUUUUGGCAGAGUCAUAUCCAUUCCAAAAAAGUAAAAGGCUUCUCACAGUUUAUGAUUAUCAUAGUGAGGGCCUCAAUGCAAUGGUGGAGAGCUCUAAGAAGAGAGGAGCUAGAAUUUUAUCAGCCUCCUUCACUUGGCCUUGUUUAAGAAUCCAUUCUCAAAAGCUUAAAAAACUCAUGGUGAAUCAGAAGAGACAAAAGAAAAGGAAACAGGGCUUGUUUGUGUUUCCCCUUCAAUCUCGGCUCUCCGGAGCCAGAUAUUCAUACCUUUGGAUGAGUAGAGCAAGGGAAAAUGGGUGGGAUGUUCUCUUGGAUGCUUGCUCAUUGGGCCCAAAGGACAUGGAUACUUUGGGUCUCUCUCUGUUCCAACCAGAGUUCGUCGUAUGUUCAUUUUUCAAGGUCUUUGGAGAAGACCCAUCUGGUUUUUCCUGCCUUUUUGUCAAUAAAACCAGAGCUUCGGCCUUGCAGGCACCGAAAAGUAUUAGGAUUAUCAGAAUUGUGCCUGCAAAAAACCAGUCAUGGUCCAAGGAAGAUGAGUCUUCUUCUUCAUCCAAAGAGAACAUAACCCACAUCUUAGAAUCAGAAAUGCGACACGAAGAGGAUAAUUUAUCCUACGAAAGCUCUUUUUCGGGUCCCCUUUCUCUAAAACCCAUUAAUCACCAAGGAGAGAGAAACGAACAGGAAGCGAGCCCACAAUUAGGAGCACCAGUAGAAAACGUAAGUAACAGAGAGACACCUUCUGAAAUAGUAGAAAGUGAAGACACGAUUGUCAUUCAAAAGAAGAAAACUACAAUUACAAAGACAGAAAUGCAUCAGAAUACAGAGAAAGGGACAAGACGUUUAGAGAUAGAAUGUAGAUGUUUAGACCAUGCUGAUAAAUUAGGCCUGCCCUUGAUCAGUAGCAGAGUGAGGUACCUUGUAAACUGGCUUGUAACCGCACUUCUGAAGCUUCGACACCCUAAUUCAGAGGCUGGAGGCCUUCCCCUGGUUCGCAUUUAUGGACCAAGGAUAAAAUUUAACAGAGGCCCAGCUGUGGCAUUCAAUGUGUUUGACUGGAAGGGAGAGAAAGUAGAACCGGUGCUUGUACAAAAGCUUGCAGAUAGAAGCAAUCUCUCUCUAAGUUACUGUUCCCUGUGCAAUAUUUGGUUUCAAGACAAGCAUGAAGAAGACAAGGAAGUGACCGUAGAGGCAACAGCGCAAGAAGCAACAUUGGCUGGGAAGAGAGAGAAAGUUGAUUUAGGAGUAACAGUGGUCACUGUUACAGUUAGUUUCUUGUCAAAUUUCGAAGACAUGUACAGACUUUGGGCGUUCGUGGCAAGGUUUUUGGACGCAGACUUUGUAGAGAAAGAGAGAUGGAGAUACCUUGGUCUGAAUCAGAAAAUGAUUGAAGUUUAAGGUUUACGGUACAUGGAUGACUUGUGUUUAUUUCUGUUUAUUUCUCACUGUAAAGAGGUAGUUAAGAAUCAUUCUUUCUGGUUUUCCAACAUGGGAAACAGAGAUUUUUAUUUUUGAACAUUCAAGCGGAGAAAAAUUGCUGCAACAAGCUCAGAGAAUGUGAAUUCUCAAUUACAGUCCCUAGAUAUACCAAUGUUUACAGUGUUGUAUAUGUUGUGUCCAGUUGAGCACAGGCAGAAGACACUCUAUGCAAUAAAUGACUUUGGGAUGAAAUACCCAAUUG